GAACCACAGUCCCAGCCCUUCUGAACAGCACCUCCAACCAGCUCUAUCUGCAUUUCCAGUCUGAUAUUAGUGUGGCAGCUGCUGGCUUUCACCUGGAAUACAAAAGAACCACAGUCCCAGCCCUUCUGAACAGCACCUCCAACCAGCUCUAUCUGCAUUUCCAGUCUGAUAUUAGUGUGGCAGCUGCUGGCUUUCACCUGGAAUACAAAACUGUGGGUCUCUCCGCAUGCCAAGAACCAGCCCUUCCCAGCAACGGCAUCAAAAUAGGAGAUCGGUAUAUGGUGAACGAUGUCCUCUCCUUUCAGUGUGAACCCGGGUACACCUUGCAGGGCCGGUCCCACAUUUCUUGCAUGCCGGGAACUGUGCGUCGCUGGAACUACCCGUCCCCGCUCUGCAUUGCAACCUGCGGAGGGACGCUGAGCAGCAUGGGGGGCGUGAUCUUGAGCCCAGGGUUUCCAGGCGCUUACCCCAACAACCUAGACUGCACCUGGAAGAUCGAGUUGCCCAUCGGCUAUGCUCCUUGUGGAUAUAAUGUAACAUCUCAGAACGGUACCAUUUAUUCCCCUGGAUUUCCAGACGAGUACCCAAUUUUGAAGGACUGCAUUUGGCUUAUCACCGUCCCUCCUGGCCAUGGGGUCUACAUCAACUUCACCUUGCUACAGACAGAAGCUGUGAAUGAUUACAUUGCUGUUUGGGAUGGGCCUGAUCAGAAUUCACCUCAGCUGGGAGUUUUCAGUGGCAACACAGCCCUGGAAACGGCAUACAGCUCCACCAACCAAGUCCUGCUCAAGUUCCACAGCGACUUUUCAAAUGGAGGCUUCUUUGUUCUCAACUUUCACGCAUUUCAGCUGAAGAAAUGCCAACCUCCCCCCGCAGUUCCACAGGCAGAAAUGCUUAUGGAGGAUGAGGAUUUUGAAAUAGGGGAUUUUGUGAAGUACCAGUGCCAUCCGGGGUACACGCUGUCUGGGAUGGACACACUGACCUGCAAGCUCAGUGCCCAGUUGCAGUUUGAAGGUUCUCUCCCAACGUGUGAAGCACAAUGCCCCGCAAAUGAAGUCCGGACAGAAUCUUCUGGCAUUAUCCUCAGUCCAGGUUACCCAGGCAACUAUUUUAACUCCCAGACAUGCUCGUGGAGUAUUAAAGUGGAACCAAACUAUAACAUCACCAUCUUUGUGGAUACAUUUCAAAGUGAAAAGCAAUUUGAUGCACUGGAAGUGUUUGAUGGUUCUUCUGGUCAGAGUCCUCUGUUAGUGGUCUUAAGUGGGAACCACACUGAACAAUCAAAUUUUACAAGCCAGAGCAAUCAGGUGUAUCUCCGCUGGUCCACUGAUCAUGCAACCAGUAAAAAAGGAUUCAAGAUUCGAUAUACAGCCCCUUACUGCAGCUUGACCCACACCCCGAAGAAUGGUGGUAUCUUCAACAGGACAACAGGGGCACAUGGAAGUAAGGUGCAUUAUUUUUGUAAGCCUGGGUAUCGAAUGAUUGGCCACAGCAAUGCAACCUGUCGACGGAAUCCAGGAGGCAUGUAUCAGUGGGAUUCUCUUGCUCCCCUCUGCCAGGCUGUGUCCUGUGGAAUCCCUGAGUCUCCAGGAAAUGGGUCAUUUACGGGCAACGAGUUCACACUGGAUAGUAAAGUGACGUAUGAAUGUAACGAGGGCUUUCAGCUGGAUGCUGGCCAGCAAGCAGCCGCCGUGUGUCGGGAAGACGGAUUAUGGAACAACACGGGCAAGCCUCCCACGUGUAAACCGGUAACUUGUCCCAGCAUUGAAGCUCAGCUCUCAGAUCACGUCACCUGGAGACUGGUUUCAGGAUCGUUGAAUGAGUAUGGAGCUCAGGUAGUGCUCAGCUGCAGUCCUGGUUAUUCCCUAGAGGGCCAGAGGCUGGUACAGUGCCAAGCUAACGGAACUUGGAGCAUAGGCGAAGAGAGGCCCAGAUGUCGAGUGAUCUCCUGUGGAACCCUCUCCUUUCCCCCAAAUGGUAACAAGAUUGGUACGCUGACGGUCUAUGGGGCCACGGCCAUAUUUACAUGCAACACGGGCUACACCCUUGUGGGGUCUCACGUCAGAGAAUGCUUAGCCAACGGACUCUGGAGUGGCACGGAAACACGAUGUCUGGCUGGCCACUGCGGUUCCCCGGAUCCAAUCGUGAACGGUCAUAUCAGUGGAGACGGUUUCAGUUACAGGGACACUGUGGUUUAUCAGUGCAAUCCUGGUUUCAGACUGGUUGGAACUUCUGUUCGGAUAUGCUUGCAAGACCACAAAUGGUCUGGACUGACCCCAGUCUGUGUCCCCAUCACGUGCGGCCACCCCGGGAACCCUGCGCAUGGACUCACCAAUGGCAGUGAGUUCAACCUGAAUGACGUGGUGAAUUUCACCUGUAACACUGGCUACCUGCUGCAGGGUGCCUCUCAAGCCCAGUGUCGGAGCAAUGGCCAAUGGAGUAGCACUCUGCCCACCUGUCAAGUGGUGAACUGCUCAGAUCCAGGCUUUGUGGAAAAUGCCAUUCGUCACGGGCAACAGAAUUUCCCCGAGAGUUUUGAAUAUGGAAUGAGUGUCAUGUAUCAUUGCAAGAAGGGAUUUUACCUGUUGGGAUCUUCUGCCUUAACCUGCAUGGCUAAUGGCCUAUGGGAUCGUUCUUUACCCAAGUGUUUGGCCAUAUCAUGUGGCCAUCCAGGGGUUCCUGCCAAUGCUAUCCUAACUGGAGAACUGUUUACGUUCGGUGCCAUAGUUCAGUAUGCGUGCAAAGGGAGCCGGGAUCUUGUAGGCAACAGCACUCGAGUUUGUCAAGAGGACAGUCACUGGAGCGGAACGCCACCCCACUGUACAGGAAAUGACCCUGGAUUUUGUGGUGAUCCCGGGACCCCAGCACAUGGGUCCCGGCUUGGAGAUGAACUCAAGGCCAAGAGCCUUCUCCGCUUCUCCUGUGAAAUGGGUUACCAGCUGAGGGGCUCUCCUGAGCGGACAUGUUUGCUCAAUGGCUCGUGGUCAGGAUUGCAGCCUGUGUGUGAAGCUGUGUCCUGUGGGAAUCCCGGCACGCCCACGAAUGGCAUGAUCGUCAGCAGUGACGGCAUCCUGUUCUCCAGCUCGGUCAUCUAUGCCUGUUGGGAAGGCUACAAGACCUCGGGGCUCAUGACUCGGCACUGCACGGCCAACGGGACCUGGACGGGAACAGCCCCGGACUGCACAGUUAUAAGCUGUGGGGACCCAGGUACCCUGGCAAAUGGCAUCCAGUUUGGGACGGAUUUCACCUUCAAUAAGACCGUGAGCUAUCAGUGCGAUCCUGGCUAUCUCAUGGAGCCCAUCACAUCAUCCACCAUCCGUUGUACCAAAGACAGUACGUGGAAUAACAGCAAACCAGUCUGCAAAGCUCUCAUGUGCGGUCAGCCACCUCAAGUGCCGCAUGGAAAAGUGGAGGGAGCGGAUUUCCACUGGGGCGCCAGCAUAAGUUACAGCUGCGUGGAUGGCUUCCAGCCCUCCCACUCCGCCAUUCUCUCCUGCGAAGGCCACGGCGUGUGGAAAGGAGAGGUCCCCCAGUGUCUGCCUGUGUUCUGCGGAGACCCAGGCACCCCUGCGGAGGGGCGACUGAGUGGCAAAAGCUUUACCUAUAAGGCGGAAGUCUUCUUCCAGUGCAAAUCUCCCUUCCUACUGGUGGGGUCCUCCAGAAGAACCUGCCAGGCCGACGGCACAUGGAGUGGAACACAGCCCACCUGCAUCGAUCCUGCUCAUAAUACCUGCCCAGACCCUGGUACUCCACACUUUGGAAUACAAAAUAGCUCCAGAGGAUAUGAGGUUGGAAGCACGGUGUUUUUCAGGUGCAGAAAAGGUUACCACAUUCAAGGUUCUACGACUCGCACUUGCCUUGCAAAUUUAACCUGGAGUGGAAUUCAGACUGAGUGUAUACCCCAUGCCUGCAGACAGCCAGAAACGCCAGCCCAUGCGGAUGUGAGAGCGAUAGAUCUCCCCACCUUCGGUUACACCUUAGUGUACACCUGCCAUCCGGGAUUUUUCCUCGCGGCCGGGUCUGAGCACAGGACGUGUAAAGCAGAUAUGAAAUGGACAGGAAAAUCACCUGUCUGUAAAAGUAAAGGAGUGAGAGAAGUUAAUGAAACAGUUACUAAAACUCCAGUUCCUUCCGAUGUAUUUUUUAUCAAUUCCGUGUGGAAGGGAUAUUAUGAAUAUUUAGGGAAAAGACAACCUGCGACUCUAACAGUUGACUGGUUCAAUGCGACAAGUAGUAAGGUGAACGCCACCUUCCUUGAAGCCUCUCAGGUGGAGCUGAAAUUGACAGGAGUUUACAAGAAAGAAGAAGCUCACUUACUUCUGAAAGCAUUUCAAAUUAAAGGUCCCGCAGAUAUUUUUGUAAGCAAGUUUGAAAAUGACAACUGGGGACUAGCUGGUUAUGUGGUGAAUGCAUCUGAAAAUCCCUUAAAAUCCGAUCAAGACUCUUCGAAUCACUACCACGGCACCAGCAGUGGGUCCGUCGCGGCUGCCAUCCUGGUCCCAUUCUUUGCUCUAAUUUUGUCAGGGUUUGCAUUUUACCUCUACAAACACAGAACGAGACCAAAAGUUCAGUACAAUGGCUAUGCGGGACAUGAAAACAGCAACGGACAGGCCUCCUUUGAAAACCCCAUGUAUGAUACGAACUUAAAACCCACAGAAGCCAAGGCUGUGCGGUUUGACACGACUCUGAACACGGUGUGUACCGUGGUAUAGCUCUCAGUGCCCCAUUAGGACUGACUCAUAGCCAUACCUCUGAUGGACAAGCGGGAACUCCUUUGGUGCCAUAGACCACUCUCCCUCUACUCUUGGCUUUGCCCCGGUGAUCUUUCACAUCUGCCGGUAUCCACGCAGCGGGAAUCUCCAGUCACGUGCCAGAGUCUUCUGAGGAUCGGACGGCGAACACCGACAGAUGCGCCUGCAUUCUGAACAUGGAUCCCGAAUGCCUGACGACAUCUGCUUGGAAUCAAGGCACCCUUAGGGGAGACUGCCGAGUCAUGCCAAUUGCUCGUACUUAAUGCCUCAGACUUUCGUAUUUCUGUGUGGCUGGGAUGCCUUUCAAUGCAAUCUUCUGGGCACGUGGAUACAUCCUUUGGGUGCGGUGACAAAUGGUAGCACCACAAUAUACCACAAUACGUUGCUCUGUU